AUGAAAUUGUCCACCUUUCUAUCUGCCCUGCUUGCCACUGUCAAGGUAGGAGCUGCCUUGGCACUUAGCGAAAAACCGACCUACGAGUGUCCUUCUAUCCAUCCUUCUGUGCAGAUGGUGUUUACAGUUGAAGAUGUUCUCUACAUGGCCGACUCGCGACAUGCUAUGGCAACACUCUCAGUCUCACACAAUGGUCCCAGAAUGCAAAUUUGGCGUCCGCUCACUGCCAUGCAUAUUGAGGCCACACUCGUAACUGAAGAUACUAUUCGGGGGCUUAUCGAAGCUUAUACCGAGGAUGACGUCUUCAAUAUUAGCUUCACAAACAUGAUUUUCAUCUCUACCUCUGAAGGAGCAAUAAUUGAGGAAUCUGCCAUGACUUAUUUAGAGUCACUGGGCACGUCGGAUGUCCUCCUGCCACUCAAUGCAAAGACAUCUCAACGAAAAUCAGUUUUAAGCAUUGCUCAUUAUCACUCAGAUCUAGGCACAGUGCUUGAAGGUCCUUAUCUGGCAUCUACUGCUUCAGAUAUGGUUCGUCUCCAUAGUGUGUAUCGGUUGUAUCCCGAUCUAUAUGGGACUUUUGUUCAAGGAUCCUACCAAAUAAACGACGGUAUGGGAACUCAUCAACCUCUUGGUGUUAUGGACACAAAAUUCGGCGGCUCUGAACCCUUAUUGAUCCCCGUGCCAUCUCGAAUCUACAGUCGCUCAGAUAAUCGUUCGCUCGCCGGGAUGCGGGUAGGAGUCAAAGAUUUAUUUGACGUGAAGGGACUACAAACUACCGGAGGCAGUAAAGCUUGGGCGACCAUCAAUCCGAUUGCUAACCACACAGCCCCAGCAAUUCAGCGUAUCAUUGACUUGGGUGGUGUUAUCGUUGGUAAACAGAAGUUGGCUCAAUUUGCUUCCCCUAGCGAUCCAUGGCUUUGGCAAGAUUAUCACCCGCCGUUCAAUCCCCGGGGUGAUGGAUGGUUGACAUGCAGUGGCUCCUCAUCGGGCGGUGCUUGUUCUAUUGCGGCCUACUCUUGGCUCGAUUAUGCCAUCGGCACUGACACCGGGUAUUCAAUGCGUCUACCAGCAUCAGUGGCCGGCGUAUACGGACAACGACCAAGCCAAGGUAUGAUGACUCUUGACGGUGCUAUCCCGGUAAGCCAUGCUUCGGACACCACAGGAGUCUUCUGCCGCGACCCCAAGAAGUGGGUUCAUUUCUUAAAAGCAUGGUACACGCCAUCUUUGCACCAAAAGGGGGCCAUUCCGGGCCUACCAGCGUAUCAUGCACCCCGGAAUAUGGCUCGUAUCAAGCGCUUGGUGUAUCUCACCGAUUACCUUCCACUAGCAAACCCUGACGCGCAGAUCAUCAUGGAGCAGUUUUUUCGAAACCUGGGAAAUGUCUUCGACAUUAGUAUUGAAAUUAUGAACCUCACGGCUCUUAUUUCACAGUCAUCCGAGCCGGCUGUUCGUGCAAUUUUCACCGGAAAUGAAACAACGACGAUGUGGACUUUCGAUCAAUGGAAAGAAGUAGGAAGGCCCCUCAUCGACCGAUGGGCCUCCCUCCAUGAAGGACGGUUUCCUCCUCUGGACCCUCUGCUCCGAGACAUGUGGCAGGGCAUGGAAAUGAAUCCUCCCAGUAGUUGGAGUUUCGAGCAUGUGAUGAGAACGAAAGCAAAAGCUACCGCAUGGUGGGAGGACAAUAUACUACCUGGCGCCGCGGAUGGUUGUUCGGACUCGCUUUUGAUAUACGAUAUCGGCCCCGGGUGCUACCCUUCUUAUAGAGAGGAAGCCUCAAAUACGGGCCGCUAUACAUCUCGCCUGUUCACCAAGCCACCAAAUGCAAUCGUUCAUGGGGCUUUGCUGUGCCCAGUGUUUGGAUGUGCCGACUUCACGAUUCCGAUAGGCCAAGCGCCUUAUCUGUCGGCUGUGUCUCAGAAGGAAGAGAUGAUGCCCGUGACGAUAAACAUCGUGGCCGGGAGGGGUUGCGAUCUCAUCAUUCUCGACAUGAUUGAUAAGAUGGUAGAUGCUGGGCUGUUACGGGAAGUAAAGACCGGAAGGCAAGCGUUUGACUAA